UUUCCUGUGUUGCCGCCCUUCGUUGGACUCAGUGAAAAACUCAGCACAGAAACUACCGCAGUCACUGGGAGGACUGGUGUUGUUUGGAGAUUCUCUAGUGAGGUCACACUCACCUCAGGGGUCCCCUUGGCCGCGCGCAGAGAGCCUGAGCAGGAACAGAGUGGCUGCCGUUAGCUGUUCGGUGUCGCCCCGCGAGCUAUAGCCACCAUGGCGUUGUCCUACAAGAAGGAUCUGGACAAGUACAAAGAUCUGGACGAAGAUGAAAUCCUCAACAAGCUGUCGGCAGAGGAGCUCAAGCAGCUGGAGACUGCGCUGGAGGAGAUGGACCCUGAGAAUGCCCUCCUGCCAGCCGGUUUACGUCAGAAAGAUCAAACAUCUAAGACAGCCACAGGACCGUUCAGUAGGGAUAGUCUGCUCAAAUACCUGGAGAAGGAAGCCAUGGAGUACAAGGACAGAGAGGAUGUGGUGCCAUUUACCGGGGAGAAAAAAGGGAAAGCGUUUGUUCCUAAGCAGAAGCCGAUAGAGACACGCCAGGAAGAAGUGACGACCCUCGAUCCCGAACUGGAAGAAGCUCUGUCCAGUGCCACAGAUACAGAACUGUGCGAUCUGGCAGCGAUCCUGGGUGUUCACACUCUGGUCACCAGUAAUCAGACCUACGAUGGGACUGGAUCCAAAGAAGGUUAUAACAAUGUGAUCAAAGGAGAGAAGAUGAAUCCAGUGUUUGACGAGCCUCCCAACCCCACUAAUGUAGAAGAAACUCUGCAGAGGAUAAAGAACAACGACAGCACCUUAACCGAGGUUAACCUCAACAACAUCAAGAACAUUCCCAUUCCCACGCUGAAAGACUUUGCAAAGGCCAUGGAGAAGAACACGCAAGUGAAAAAGUUCAGCCUGGCAGCCACACGGAGCAACGACCCCAUCGCCGUGGCAUUCGGUGAAAUGCUGAGGGAGAACAAGACGUUGAAAAGUUUGAACUUGGAGUCCAACUUCAUCACCGGGGCAGGAGUGCAGGCUUUGGUUGAGGCACUACGAGACAAUGACACAAUGACAGAGAUCAAGAUAGACAACCAGAGGCAGCAGCUGGGCACCACCGUAGAGAUGGAGAUAGCUAAAAUGUUGGAAGAGAACCACAGCAUAGUGAAGUUUGGAUACCACUUCACCCAGCAAGGGCCUCGGUCCAGGGCCGCCGCCGCUAUCACCAAGAACAACGACCUAGUCCGCAAGAGGCGAGUGGAAGGGGACCUGUAGAGGCCGAGCACACCCUGUCCGCCAGCCAACCCUGCUUUUCAUCUCAUCAUGUGGAAUAAUUUCAGCCAAUGCCCUGGUCUCAUCUCACUAUGUGAAAACUUUAGUCUUGUGCCAAACUACGGGGCAAGGCACGCUAAACCAGAACAUACAUAUGAGAGGAAGGGAAAUAACUGGAAUUGCCGUCUGCUAUUCACCUGCUCCUUCUUAUGUUUGUUAUAUUAUGUUGUCUUUGUUGUCUUAUGUUGUUUAGUUUUUAGUGACUUCAUUUCAGAUGCUCUUUUUUUUCUCUUUUGAGCCUUUCUAUUUACCUCUUUUAUACACUGCUAUAAUCAUGUCAUCUAAUUAUGAAUUGUAAGAACAGAAAACAAAAGAAAAACAGAAACUAACAUUGAGAGACCGCUGUAAUCUGUACUCUGUUAGUUUGCUUUUCAGGUCUAACUUUUGCAUGGAAUUUGUGCAUUCAGUAAGCAGAUCAACAGCAGUGGCUUUGAAUUUGAUCCUCACAUCUUCUGCAGCUUGGGGUCCAUCUAAUGAGCACAGAGUGCUCGAGCUAAGCCUGCAAACCUGAGCAGCUGUCUGUGGCCACAUCAAAACCAGCUGCCUAAUGCACUAAUGACUGUUGGCUCUAAUGUAGCUGAGCAGAGUGGUGAGUAAGGUGGUUUGCAGGUGGUGUUCAUUAGAGCUGCCUUAAAGCCACAAGGACUUUUGAGCUGGGGUUGUUUUAAGGGUUAGUGUGAACUGUAAGUUUCUUAGGAAACAAACAAAAAACCCAUACAUACUCUUGGCUGAACCUUUCAUAUGAAAGAAGCACUGUAAUGAUUUGUCUGCAUUUUCAGAAUUGCUCUGCUGUUCUAACUAAAAGUCUUAUUUUGAUACGGAUAAAAUUCUGUUUUUUUUUUUUUGUUUUGUUUCCUAAAGAUGAGGUUUCGGUUAGAAAACAAAAGUGGGAUUGGAUGGCAAAAGGUGAAAUAACUUUAGAUGGGGAAAGGUUUUGAUCGGCUCAACACACUUUGCUCCUCUGAUGCUCAACCAUGCCAAAGACAAGCAGUGCUUAAAUGAUCAGUAGUCCACUUGACGGUUUUGGUGUCACAGGUCAUAUCUGAGGAAGGGGUAGAUUGAUUCACGACGAUCCAGACGUUUUUAGAUUACACCGAGCUAAAUUUCUUUGAUCCGUGUGUAUUUGCAGGCUGUUCAUAGUAAGUAUGUUGAUCAGAUAGCUCAGUGUGGCCGGAGGAACAACUCCUCUUCAGCAGUUUCCCAGCCAGGCUUCGACUUUUUGCGAAAUGAUCCCUUGAGCUAAUCGUCCAACAGUUUGAAUUGAACCCUUCCUUCCUUGUUUAUAGACAACCAUUAUUUGGUUCCCAGCGGUAGCAUGUAAUUCACAAUGUAAUGCAUGACAACAUUCCACCUGUGCAUCAAAUGUAACCUCGCUAGUCUGGUUCAAAUGGUUCAAACGGGACCUUUUCAGGAGCUACUUGAACCUUGUACAUACUGUUUAUAGGAACAAUAUGCUGGCAUAAAGCACACACCUGUGAACAUCAUGUUUCCGUUGACCAAAAAAAGGAUUUUUUUUAAUCCAUUUGUUGGAAAAAAGAGCUGUACUGUGGGCUUUUAUAUCUGUGCACUUUUUCAUAUCUGCUAGCAUUUACCCUUGAAGCUUUGUUUUUAUAUUCCUGCAUUUUUCUCAUGGACCGUGGAAAGCUAAAGUUCACUAAAGUGGAAAAACGUCUUUGCUUGGGCACAUUAGCAUUCUGUUGCUGAUCAUAUGUACAUUAACUGUAGAAUGCCAUCUCAAGAUUAAAGUGUGCACACACUGAGAUGCACACCGUGAGCAUCUGUACAAGUCACUGCAAAGUUCAGUUUUUUUACCUUGAAAUAAAGUCCCAGGUGUAAACACAAGAAAUAUGUAUUAUAAAACCACAAAACUGGUAAAAUGCACUGCAGAAUCUAAAACAUCCUCAACAAUAAAUGUUUUUACAUACUCCAAAAGAUCACUUGUCCUGUGUUUUUUAACAUAAAAAUUUAAGAUGGAUUUAGUUAUUUUGAGCAAAUUGUCUUGUUCACGUGAUCUGAGGAAGAACAUCUGGUUCUUUUUU